AAUAGAGCACUGUCGUUCAUUCUAUUUUGAAAAAUGGCCACGCUAUCACACAAGUAUCUUGCCGGCUUAAAUAACUCGCAGUUUUCCAAGUUAAUCAAAGAACAGAAAAGCAAACAAACAGGACAAAUCAAGAAAGUCCGAAGCUUGUUGACAACUAUCGAACACUAUUUAUUUGCGUGGGAUAAAGUUGAUUGUUGUCUUCUUGUGAAGAAUUUGUUAGAUGCAGAUUCAUGGGCUGAAGACACGAAAGAUUCCGGCACAAAGUCUUCCAAAGACAGAUUCUUGAAAGUCACACUUACAGAUGCACCGGUCUUUCAAGUUGAAAAUAUCCAAGCCAAUUUGGAUGGCAGUUUAAUAGUCCUCAGUGGCCCUCAAGGUGUGGCUUAUGUUGAACUACCAAGUAAUUUACCAAGCCUUGAAGCCAAGCAGCAAGGUCCUUCUGUUAAAAGUGCUCGAUCUUCAUACAUAGAUCAAAAGUUCUUACUAUGCAACUCAAGAAUCAGAAUCCAGGAAGUCAAAUUUCAUCCAGGUUCCCCUACAAACAGUCAUGUAGUUGUAUUGACCUCAGACAAUUGUAUCAGAAUCUAUGAUGCAUUCAACUCAAGCCGCCCAGAAAAAACAAUUCCUGUUGGUCCCAAGAUGAGUCAACAUUCACUACAUUCUUCAAUUACUUCUGGUACUACGUUUUCCUCGUGCCUGGAUGAAGCUGUUUCGUUUGAUUUCGGUACACCAUUUGAAGAUACACGCAUCACUGUAGUUCCACAAAAAAGGGACGGGGUUCCGAUUUUUCUCUUUCCCGUGUACAUCCUACUUACCAAUGGAGAUGUUUACACAUUCAGUUGUUCAGUUCAAUCGAACAGUUCUAGAGCACCUAAGAUAUCAGUAAUCGGUCCUUUACUAAUGCAACCUGCAGCUCUAGACAAUUAUGGUGGCGAUGCGUGUUCCCUUCUUUGUCUCCCUGUUUCGCCACCUGUUCUAGUGAUCGCUAAUCGCACUGGUAACAUACACCAUGCCAUUUUACUUCCUCGUGCAACCAUAGAAGACGGUGAUGAUUCUGACCACAAUCCUAAUAUCGCCGACGAUCUCGAGUCAUUAUUAUCGAAGGCAAGCUUGACGGCUGACGUCAAAGCCGAUUCAGUGUUGCACGUUACUGAGACACUUGAAUUAGACGGUGACAUUUUGGACUGCAGUGAGAGUUUUAGCACUGAAGAUUAUCUUGACGGAAAUGAAAGUGCCCUGCAACUCCGUAGAGAUCCUGCUUGCUCCAGUCGCUACUUUGUCGUACAUGAUUAUGGAGUUCAUGGAGUUGUCGUACCCCUCGUCGAUACCCUCAGUGAAUUGGCCUCAAAACCUGACUCUGACGUCGAUCAAGAUGAAACACAACGAGUUAUGUUGGCCGAAACAGUGGUCGAAUUCAUUUUGUGUUCUCGAAUGAAAUCGUCAGCUGCCGCACCUCCUCAAGGAGUCGUCGUUUAUCCCCUUCCGCCAACGUUGAUAGUGAUGUUGGACUCGGCUGAUUUCCAAGUAAUUUCUCUGUCUCGCCUUUUGAAGCCAGCAGUCAAGGCGGCACCCACAACUAACACAGCAAAGGUGGAGAAAGAGCCUUUUGAUGCAAUUAUUCGACGCCAACUGCAGCGUACCCAUUCUCAGCCAAAAUUAAGUUUACCACCUGGCACCGAACUCCCACUGGCUGAAGUGGUCAAAUUGUUCAGCCGUAGCGUACAAACUCUUCGUGAAGAAUACAUCAUGAAACAAGAUGCUGUGCGUGAAGCAUUGGAAAAGAAAAGUCGGCUCUUGGAGUUACAUCUACUACAGCAAUUCGACGAGCUUAGUUUGAUCCAGCAAUCCAAGGGAGAGUUGACUACAGUUGCUCACCAGUUAGCAGAAAAAUAUGAAGAUUCAUUGGAAACACAGAAAUCUUUGACUCAGAGAGUUGAAAAAGUAUUGUACGAAAUUCAGCGUCGUUCGCCGUUCAUGACUGAUGCCGAAAAAAAAAUGGGCCAAGAACUCCGUUCGCUGGAAACCAAAUUACAGGCGCUGACACAAUCCAUGGAAUCACUAAAACGACGAGAGCAACUCUACGGUGCAAAGGUUUCCCAGCAACAGGACCGCAACACAACGAGUGGCCACUUGAGUGAAGAACAAAAGACGAGCGUCAACGAAGCUUUAUCUCUACAGAGCGAAGAUAUACGUGGAUUACUUAGGAGUUUGCAGCAAGUCAAGAAGAAACUUGCCGUUUAGGGUAAGCGAAUGCUUGAAAUUGUUUUACAUUACUUCAAAUUGAGUAUACAGUAUACACAUGUGUCUUUUUCA